CUAGGCCUUUCUCAUUCCAAAAACAAACACUUCACUAAUUACUAAGUUUUCUUGAUCAAUCGCAAAUGGAGAGAAUAAGAGAUCUGUCGUCGAAGACCGCAGCAGUAAUAUUCACUAAGAGCUCUUGUUGUAUGUGCCACAGCAUCAAGACGUUAUUCUACGAACUGGGAGCUAGUCCAGCGAUCCACGAGCUCGAUAAGGACUCCGAAGGCCGUGAAAUGGAGCGGGCCCUGCGUGCGCUUGGCUCAUCAAACCCAGCAGUUCCUGCUGUUUUUGUCGGAGGAAGGUACAUCGGAUCAGCCAAAGACAUCAUCUCGUUCCACGUCGAUGGGUCGCUCAAACAGAUGCUUAAAGACGCUAAGGCCAUAUGGCUAUAGCGUUCUAACAGUUACAUGUAUGUAUAUAUGCAUGUAUGCAUAUAUAUGAUGUCAAUAAUCAUUGUG